CCAUUGGCUGAUUUAACGUGGCGAGUGAUAUCAUUGGUCCGAGUACUUCGUUAGCAGUCCUAUUAAAACAAAUCUCACUCUUCACUUUUUUUCUUAGAUGCGCUUCAUUUGCAACUUCUCGAUCAAUCAAUCUAAGAAUUUGAGCUCUUUUUCAGUGUAAUUUGUGUUAAUGGAGACGCGUAAAAGGAGUAAGAAUCAGUUUGUUGGAUUGUUGCUUGUUGCAUGCUUUGCGAUUCAGCUUUGUGCUGCUGAUCCUAUCUUUUAUGAAUCGUUUGAUGAAACGUUCGAAGGUCGAUGGAUCGUUUCUCAGAAAGAAGAAUACAAUGGUGUAUGGAAGCACGCAAAAAGUGAGGGGCAUGAAGAUUAUGGGCUUCUAGUCAGUGAGAAGGCAAGAAAGUACGCCAUUGUGAAAGAACUUGAAGAACCUGUUGAAUUGAAGGGAAAAAAUGUUGUUCUUCAAUUCGAAACUCGCCUCCAGAAUGGGCUUGAAUGCGGUGGUGCCUACUUGAAAUAUCUCCGUCCUCAGGAAGCUGGUUGGGUGCCAAAGGAGUUUGAUAAUGAGUCACCAUAUUCUAUCAUGUUUGGGCCUGACAAAUGUGGGUCCACAAACAAGGUUCACUUCAUUCUGAAGCACAAGAACCCAAAGAGUGGAGAAUAUGUUGAACACCAUCUUAAAUUUCCUCCAUCUGUCCCAUCUGAUAAGUUAACUCAUGUGUACACUGCUGUUUUGACCCCUGACAAUGAGGUGAGGAUCUUGGUUGACGGAGAGGAGAAGAAGAGGGCAAACCUCCUUUUAGGUGAUGAUUUUGAACCAGCUAUCAUCCCACCAAAGACUAUUCCUGACCCAGAAGAUAAGAAGCCUGAGGACUGGGAUGAGAGGGAAAAGAUUCCUGACCCAGCGGCAGUUAAACCUGAUGAUUGGGAUGAGAGUGCACCAAUGGAAAUUGAAGAUGAGGAAGCUGAGAAACCUGAGGGAUGGUUGGAUGAUGAACCAGAGGAAAUUGAUGAUCCUGAGGCAUCAAAACCUGAAGACUGGGAUGAUGAAGAGGAUGGUGAAUGGGAGGCACCAAAAAUUGAGAAUCCCAAGUGUGAAGAAGCACCUGGCUGUGGUGAAUGGAAGAGGCCAAUGAAGGCUAACCCGGCUUACAAGGGGAAGUGGCAUGCUCCACUAAUUGACAACCCAAACUAUAAGGGUAUUUGGAAGCCACAAGAAAUUCCUAACCCUAACUACUUUGAGCUUGACACUCCUAACUUUGAGCCAAUUGCUGCCAUUGGUAUUGAGAUAUGGACCAUGCAAGACGGCAUAUUGUUUGACAACAUUUUGAUUGCCGAGGAUGAAAAGACAGCUGAAUCAUACAGGCAGACCCAAUGGAAGCCAAAGUUCGAGGCAGAGAAAGAGAAACAGAAGGCUGAGGAAGCAGCUGGCCAGCCAGAUGCCAUUUCAGGCAUUCAGAAGAAGGUGUUUGAUUUUUUUUACAAGGUUGCUGAUGUCCCAUUUUUGGAACCCUACCAAUCUAAGAUUCAUGAAUUGAUUGAGAAAGCUGAGACACAACCAAAUAUCACCAUUGGUGUCCUAGCUUCCAUUGUCGUGGUGUUUGUUAGCAUUUUCUUGAAGCUUCUCUUUGGUGGGAAGAAACCGGCUGCUGUGAACGCUGCAGCAAGUGAACCUGCUGCUCCAGAGGCUUCAAGCACCAAGGAAAGCAGUGAGGAGAAGGAAGAAGAAGAGAAGGAAGAAGAAGAGAAGGAAGAAGCUGCUGCUCCUCGCCGAAGAACUAGGCGUGAGACCUAGAUAGUUUAUGAUAAAUGUGAUACUGGUUUUAACAUUGUGAUAUUCUCGGACGUAGUGAUACGGCCACCGAAAGAACAGUAACCGAUAGUGGUUGCAAGAAAUUUUUUGGAAGCAUAAUUCAGUUGUAGGAAUGUAAAUGAGGAUUUUAACAGGAUCUCAGGGACUAGUUUCUCAAUGAAAAUGGAAUUUGCACUCCCUGUAUUUUGGUUUUUAUUAUUGGAUAUUUAGUUUAUUUUAUCAUGAAUAUGAACUUUUACUCGGUAA